GCAGACUUCUAAAUACUUAACUUAUCGAAUCACAGUGUAAUAAAGUGCGUAUCAUACAAUGUAUUUCCAGUACUUAUAUUUUUACUCGUACUUGUUUUUGAUGUCGGUAACAGCUGAAGAAAUCUUUGAAAAUUCCACAAAUAUCUGCUCGAAAUGCACUUGUGACUACUCCGAUGAUGCCCAAACUCUCACUCUCGACUGUUCUAAAAAACAUUUUAUUCAUAUGUUAGCCGCUUGGCCUCCACAUAAUGCCACUAUUAAAGCAAGUUUCGCUUAUAAUAAUCUCAAACACUUGCAAAAACUUCCAUCAACUGCUGCUGUUGUUGAAAUUAUACUUUCUAACUGCAAUCUCAAAAUUUUAAACCCUGAACCAUUGGAGAGUAUCGUCAAUAUAAAAUUUCUUGACUUAAGUCAUAAUCUUCUAACGUCAGAACAACUGACUCCAGGUAUUUUUAAAGGUCCCUACAAUGGUACUAAACCAACUGCGAUAGCUCUAGAAGAGUUAGAUUUGAGUUAUAAUCAAAUUCAUAGUCUUCAAAACAACGUUUUUAAGUUCGCACCAAAUUUAAAACGACUUAAUCUCAAAGGAAAUGAUUUUGUCUUGUUAGAUAUACAUACACAAUUGGCUCUUACUUCUCUAAGAGGUCUUACAAGUCUGAAUUUGGCUGACAAUGAGCUGACCGAUUUGGUAAAAAGUGCAAUUGAAGGAUUGGACUAUUUGAGAGAGUUGGAUUUGUCGAUUAAUGACUUGGAUUUUGUUCCGUAUAGUUUGAAAGCAGUGGCUAAAAGUUUGCAAGUUGUAAUUUUAGACGGUAAUCCUAUUAUCGAAAUGACUGAGGAAAGCUUCCAAGGCUUAGAAAAAUUGAGCGAAAUAUCUGCCAACAACUUGACCAAACUCCACCACAUCAACUCGAGUGCUUUCGCACCAACCCUAAACCUAAAAAAACUGAGCCUCACAAACAACCCUUCACUUGAAGACAUCAAUGUCGACGCUUUUUCCCCCAACCAAGCAAUCGAAGAGCUUUAUUUAAAUGAUAACAAUCUUUCAACGGUCCCUUUCGAUCUCAUUUCUUGGCAACAAUUGACCAAUUUCGCUCUCAAUAACAAUCCCCUAACUUGUAAUUGCGACUUGUACAAAAUCGCCACAUCUCUUCCUACGUCUAUAACUCGAAUUUCAAACGGUCCGACCUGUUUCGACCUUCACACCUCGACCACCAUCAUGGUCUACAACCUCGACAGCGCCAUCUGCGAGCCACAAACUCUUCCAGCUCUCAAACCUCGAAUCUUACGACACCAUUUCUCCAUCCCCCUCACCGGUCUCAUCGUAGUCCUCUCAUUGGGACUUUUCGUAGCCAUCGCCUUAGGCUACAGUCGAUACAAAAAAUUCGCUUCAGCGACGAGAAACCCAUAUGUAUCACAGGUCGUCUAUAGUCCGCUGUUCAAUCGCGCGGUCUAAAAUAAAAUCUCACCUCUGCUGUUCCGGCCAGCUGCUUCGUAUACGUUAGGAAUUGGUUGAGGAGGUCUUCGGCUUUCCGGGCGACCUCUUUGAACCUGUAGAGAGCUUCAAGCUGUUCGAUGCAUCUCACACAGAUGACGUGCGGCAGAGGGUCGCUCUUGGCAACCUGGAAAGUGAUUAUUACGGUGAUUAAUUCGUGUUGCGUAAAUUUUCGUAUGUGUGUGUUUUGGUGUUGUGAAGGAUUAUUUUUAGGUGUGAUUAAUAGACAAAUCCUAGAUUUCCCUAGUAUGUUAUCGAAACCGGGGAACGAUGUGUGCAUAGAUAACGGCUAAUUGUACGAUUAAAAAAAACUGAAACUCUAGCUCGACGCUUUUUGUUGUUGUUACUUUCUACAUGGUUAAUUCUAGAUUUGUGUUAAUGACAGUUGACGUAAGAAUAAUAAUAAAUAAAAUGGUAAAAUAUAUGCAGCGACUGAAUUAAUAAUAGAAUUAGGAAAGAUUAUUCCAAACAAUUUUAUUACUUUUAAGCUAAUUAUACAGUGAACCAAAAGUAGCGCAUUCAUAAUCCUUUAAAUCCCCGAACAGGUCAAUUUUAUUUUUGUAAAUGAUACAUUUUCGUUAUACUAUUAUUUAUAAUAUCAAUAAUUUUUAAGUAACGACGUUAUCAGUAUUUUUUAAAUGGCAACCAAACAUUUUUGUUUACUGUUUUAGUAAUAUAUUUUUUAAAAAGGUAGAAGAAUGCAUCUAUUACCAAAAACAGUCAACAAAAUCGUUGGUUGCCUCAAAUAUACAGGGUAGUUUUAUCCUGCAAAAAUUCAGGAUUAGUUAGAACAAUGAAAAAUUGUUGGCGCCAUUUAUCUCUGGUAAGAAAGCGUUUUUGAACACUUGUUCGUAAGACAAACCCACAUUAUUUUCACGUAUUCUAACUAUUCCUGAAUAUUCGCCGGUAAAACGGAACUACCCUGUAUAAUAUAGUUAUUCUCGUUUAUCGUUCAUUGAUUGAAAUUUUUUUACAACUCCACCAUGUACCAAUUUUGAGAUAGUAAUUAAUACUAAAUAUUCAAUAAAUUCAAUUCAAAAAUUACUUUGUAAUUUAUGUAGGUAUAUCAUCAUUAGUAAAUAUUGAAUAUUCACCAGCCAUCUAAAAUCAUUUAUUUUUGUCUCCAAAGUGAAACAGUUUACGAAAUUUUUAUUAUCAUUGAAAAUCCGUUACAAAAUCCCGAAGAUUGAAGCGGAGUCCCGCAGAGAGCAAUAUUGAGACCACUACUUCCCACUUACAUAACCAAAUUACAUAAUCACAUAAUAAAUAGCCCUGAGCAGCAUGUUCACUCUAUAUCGAUCAUCAACAUGUUGU